AUGAGAAGAGCCAAUAGCACGUUCCAUCAGCCUGAUGGCUUUGUUCUGGUAGGCUUCUCAGAAUGGCCUAAACUAGAAAUGGUUCUUUUUGUGGCCAUCACCAUCUUCUAUAUAAUGACCCUUUUUGGGAACUCAGCCAUCAUUAUCUUGUCCCGCCUUGAUCCAAGACUCCAUACACCCAUGUACUUCUUUCUGGCUAAUCUCUCCUUUUUGGACCUCUGCUAUACUACCUCCACUGUGCCUCAAAUGCUGAUAAAUAUACAGAGCCGCCAAAGAAACAUCAGUUACAUUGGAUGCAUAGCUCAACUUUUCAUCUUCCUUGGUCUAGGGUCCACUGAAUGUGUACUUCUUUCAGUCAUGGCUUUUGAUCGCUACGUAGCUGUCUGCCAGCCUCUCCACUACACAGCCAUCAUGCAUUCUCGGCUAUGCCAAAAACUGGCAGCAGUCGCUUGGGUGACAGGCUUUAGCAACUCCUUGGUGCAGACAGUGUUGACUUUCUUGCUACCUCGCUGUGGUCAAUAUCGAGUGGAGAAUUUCUUCUGUGAGGUCCCGGCUAUGCUUCGGUUGUCAUGUGUUGAUACAUGGAUCAAUGAAGUGGAGAUGUAUGCAGCUGUGGUGGUCAUCAAGGUUAUCCCAGUUGGAUUAAUUCUGUUCUCUUACAUCAACAUUGUCAGAGCAGUCACAAAGAUCCAAACUUCUGAGGGUCGCAAGAAGGCCUUCAACACCUGUGGGUCUCAUCUCCUGGUGGUGAUUAUGUUCUAUGGCUCUGCCAUUAGCGGUUAUGCAUAUAUGGCCCCGAAGAGCAACUCAGCCAAACUGAAGGGCAAGCUUCUUGCACUUUUCUAUGGACUCAUAACUCCCAUGCUCAACCCGCUCAUCUACACACUGAGAAAUAAGGACAUUAAGAGAGCAGCAAAGAAGCUACUAGGAAGAGAACAAGAGCAAGGUUAG